AGGGGGAUAGCGCGUGACGCGGCUGGCAACCCUAGCCAGGCCCUUCACGAGGUUCUUCCUUUCUCAGCCAGCACUGUUGCAGCGGGUGAGUGCGUGGCGUGGAUGGAUUGGUGAAAUUUGUCAAAAUUCACUCAACUCAGCCAAUUUGAGUCUCCCUAAAACGCCACCAACAUGCCGGCGUAUUUCCAAAGACCAGAGAAUGCUCUGAAGCGAGCGAACGAGUUUCUUGAGGUUGGCAAGAAGCAGCCAGCUUUGGAUGUUUUGUACGAUGUCAUCAAGAGCAAGAAACAUCGAACAUGGCAGAAGAUCCACGAGCCCAUCAUGCUCAAGUACCUGGAGCUCUGCGUGGAUCUUCGCAAGAGCCACCUGGCCAAGGAGGGUCUCUACCAGUACAAGAACAUCUGCCAGCAGGUGAAUAUCAAAUCUCUAGAGGAUGUGGUUAGGGCUUACCUGAAGCUGGCGGAGGAGAAGACCGAGACUGCCAAGGGGGAGUCCCAGCAGAUGGUCCUGGACAUUGAGGAUCUGGACAAUAUCCAGACUCCCGAAAGUGUUCUCCUGAGUGCUGUGAGUGGAGAGGACACUCAGGAUCGAACCGAUCGCUUGCUGCUCACUCCUUGGGUGAAGUUCCUAUGGGAGUCCUACCGCCAGUGCCUGGACCUGCUGCGGAACAACUCCAAGGUGGAGCGCCUGUACCAUGACAUUGCCCAGCAAGCAUUCAAGUUCUGCCUUCAGUACACCCGUAAAGCAGAAUUUCGUAAGCUGUGUGACAACCUGCGUAUGCAUCUUGGUCAGAUCCAGCGCCACCACAACCAGAGCACAGCCAUCAACCUGAACAACCCUGAAAGUCAGUCUAUGCACCUGGAGACACGCCUGGUGCAGCUGGACAGCGCCAUCAGCAUGGAGCUCUGGCAGGAAGCAUUCAAGGCUGUUGAAGACAUCCAUGGCCUGUUUGCUCUUUCCAAGAAGCCUCCCAAGCCCCAGUUGAUGGCCAACUACUACAACAAGGUGUCUACUGUGUUCUGGAAAUCGGGAAAUGCUCUCUUCCACGCCUCCACCCUCCAUCGGCUCUAUCACCUCUCAAGGGAGAUGCGCAAGAAUCUGACUCAAGAUGAGAUGCAGAGGAUGUCCACCAGAGUCCUCCUGGCCACACUGUCUAUUCCCAUCACCCCCGAGCGCACCGACAUUGCUCGGCUGCUGGACAUGGAUGGCAUCAUUGUAGAAAAACAACGCAGGCUGGCUACCCUCCUGGGCCUGCAGUCUCCACCAACUCGGCAGAGUCUCAUCAAUGACAUGGUGAGAUUUAACUUGCUGCAGUAUGUUGUACCUGAUGUGAAAGAACUCUAUAACUGGCUUGAAGUAGACUUUCAUCCUCUGAAGCUGAGUGGACGAGUGACCAAGGUGUUGAACUGGGUGAGAGACCAGGCUGAGAAGGAGUCUGAUCUGCAGCAGUAUGUCCCUCACCUGCAGAGUAAUACCAUCCUGAGGCUCCUGCAACAGGUUGCACAGAUCUAUCAAAGCAUCGAGUUCACCCGUCUGGCCUCCCUGGUUCCAUUUGUGGACGCAUUCCAGCUGGAGCGCUCAAUUGUGGAUGCUGCCCGGCACUGUGAUCUGCAGGUUCGUAUAGAUCACACCUCUCGAACUCUGAGCUUUGGCUCUGAUCUGAACUACUCGACCAAAGAGGAUGCUCCUGUCGGUCCUUUCCUGCAGAACAUGCCCUCUGCGCAGAUAAGGAACCAGCUGACUGCCAUGUCGGCUUCUUUGGCCAAGGCCAUCCAGGUCAUCAAGCCUGCCUCCAUCCUGCAAGAGCGCGAGGAGCAGAGCCAGCUGGCUAUGGCUGCCUAUCUGAAAAAUGCCCGCAAGGAUCACCAGCGCAUCCUGGCUCGUAGACAGACCAUUGAAGAGCGUAAGGAGCGCCUGGAGAGCCUGAACAUUCAGCGUGAGAAGGAGGAGCUGGAGCAGCGCGAAGCUGAGAUGCAGAAGGUUCGCAAGGCUGAGGAGGAGCGUCUGCGCCAGGAGGCCAAAGAGAGGGAGAAGGAGCGCAUCAUGCAGGAGCAUGAGCUGAUCAAGAAGAAGACAGUCCGUGAACGGCUGGAGCAGAUCAAGAAGACUGAACUUGGAGCCAAGGCCUUCAAGGACAUUGAUAUUGAGGACCUUGAGGAGCUGGAUCCUGACUUCAUCAUGGCCAAACAGGUGGAGCAGCUGGAGAAGGAAAAGAGGGAACUUCAGGAGCGUCUGAAGAACCAGGAGAAGAAGAUUGACUAUUUUGAGAGGGCGAAACGUCUCGAGGAGAUUCCUCUUAUCAAAAAGGCUUAUGAGGAGCAGCGAAUCAAGGACAUGGAACUAUGGGAGCUCCAGGAGGAGGAAAGGAUCAGUAACAUGAAAGUUGAACGGGAGAAGGCUCUGGAGCACAAGAAGCGCAUGUCCAGGAUGAUGGAGGACAAGGAAAGCUUCUUGUCAAAGAUAACUGCUGCCCGUAGCUUCAUUUUUGAGGAAAAACUGAAAACUUUCGAGGACCGCAUGGUGGAGGAGAGAAAGAAGCGGCUGGAAGAAAGGAAGAAGCAGCGCAAAGAGGACAGGCGUAACAAUUUCUACAGUCAGAAAGAGGAAGAGGCUCAGCGUAUCCAUGAGGAGCAGCUCAAGAAAGUACGUGAGGAUGCUGAACGCAUUGAACAAGAGCAGCGAGAGGAGGAGGACAGGGAGUACCAGGAGCGUCUGCGCAAACUCGAGGAGCAGGAGAGAAAGCAGCGUGCUCGUCAACAGGAGAUCGAGGAGCGAGAACAUCGCCGUGACGAGGAGAAAAGGGUCCCCGAGGAGAAACCCAAGGAUUGGGGCGAGAAGGAGGGUGAGAAGGAGGGUGAGAAGGAGGAAGGGGGGGGAGGAUGGAGGAAGCGCACAGAGGGAGGUGAUUCAGAGUGGCGUCGUUCUGUGCCAGACAGGGAGUGGAGACAGGAGGGCCGUGAGGAUGACAAAGAGGACAAAGAAGUCAUCAGGCGAGGAGAAGGUCUUCGCAGGGGCGGAGAUGACAGAGGAGGACCCCGUCGGGGCUUUGAUGAAGAUAAAGGUCCGCGCCGCGGCGGUGAGGAUGACCGUCCUCUUCGCAGAGGGAUGGAUGAUGACCGUGGUACACGUAGAGGUUUCGAUGAUGACCGUGCCCCGAGGCGUGCCUUUGAUGAUGACCGUGCCCCGAGGCGUGCCUUUGAUGAUGACCGCGCUCCCAGGCGUGGCUUUGAGGACGACAGAGGUUCUCGCAGAGGCAUGGAUGACUCCAGGGGUCCCAGGCGUGGGGCCGAUGAUAGCUGGGGUCCCAGAAGAGGAGCAGAUGAGGAUGAGGAUGACAGAGGUGGAAGGAGAGGCAUGGAUGAUGGGCAACGUGACGCCUGGAAGCCCAUUAGCAAAACUGUUGCAGGAGGUUGGCGUGAGCGAGAGAAGGCUCGAGAGGACAGCUGGGGUCCUCCCCGUGACGAUGCCAGUGAGAACAGAAAUGAUGCUGAAGUAGAACAAAAAUCCACCGACAACUUAAAGGAACAUCGUCCAGUCAAAGAGGAGAGCACCUGGAGGAGACCAGGCGCAGAGGAAGGAGGAAGCUGCUGGAGAGACUCUCGCAAAGAAGACGCUGACCCUGUUGAGCGCGAUGAUCGUCGCGUUGAGCGCGAUGAUCGUCGCGUUGAGCGCGAUGAUCGUCGCGUUGAGCGCCCUGUUGAGCGUCCGGCUGAGCGCCAGGUUGAGCGCCCGGCUGAACGUCCGGCUGAGCGCCAGGUUGAGCGUCCGGCUGAGCGCCAGGUUGAGCGUCGUGAUAGAGAGCGUCGGGAUGAGCGUGAAGUCAGAGCUCCACCCAGAGAUCAAGAUGAGGGCGGUUCUUGGCGUCGUGGAGGCGAGGAGAAGCGUGAGGAGCAGCCCAGAGACACUGAGCCUGAGGUAGAGGGAGAAAAGGGUUGGCGUACUGACAAAGACAACCCUCGUCGCAUCAAGAACGAGACAGAUGAUGAUGGUUGGACUACUGUCCGCCGCUGAGCAACAUCUGCAUCCAAUUGGCUCCGCUGAUGAUGAAUUGGUUCUGGAAAAUAAUAAAAUAUUCAGUUUCCCAUCAGCCAGUUAGACACGGUGGUGAAUUAUUGGCCACACGCUUCGAAUACUCAUGUGCGUUAUUCAUUUGAAUUAAACAUUUGUAAACAGUAGUUUUCCUGGGGAUUUCUUUCCUUUUAUCUCCAUUUGGACUUUGAGCCGUUUUGAACCUGAGGCUCCUCGCCACCCAAAACCCCAUCAACCUAUGAACUUGUGUGUGUGCACUUAGGCCUCAUGCAAACUGCCCCCAGUGGUUAGGAGUAUCAUUACCUUACAUGAAGAAGAGAAACUGGCUAAACUGAAAAUCAAUGUACCUGCUCCAACUUUCAAUGAAUAUUCAGUGCAUCACCAACUGCCUCUUUUUAAAGGAUUACCUUUGCAUAGGUGUUAUAAUAUGCCACAGAUCCACAACUCCUGUAAUUGCAAUGACUAGGAAUUCGUCAUAUGCUUCAGUGAUCUCUGCUCUUCAUCUAAUGUUUCAGAUGCUUCUUAACCUGUUAAAGAACUAGUGGAAUUUACAUUUUGAUGUGCAUGCCUAGAGUAUUCAUUUGGUCUCGCCUGAUAUCCAGUGUGUGGUUCUAUCUUGCUGCAAUCAACGGUAUCCAACCAGAUUGUUUGUGUACAGAUAAAGCCUUUAUUAAUAAAGAUGUUUGCUCACCA